CGUCCACCCACCAUGGCGACCUUCCUCUCGCCGUCGCCGUCGCCGUCGUCGGGAGGAAGCAGCAGCAGCAGCGGUGGCCGCCGCCUGUCGGAGAUUCUGGAGGAGCAGCAGGAGCCCUUCUCCCUCGACCUCUUCCUCCUCGACAAGGGCUGCUCCCCCGCGCUCCUCGACGCCGCCGGCGCCGCCUGCUGGCCGAGGAGCAGAGCGGCCGCCGCCGUCGCCAGCGCGCUGCGGCCGCGCCGCUCGGCGCCGGGCGGGCUGCUCCGGGUCAUCGUCUCCAGGAUACUGCGCGCCAAGAAGGUCGGCGGGAAGCGGCCGCGGGCGGCGGCCAUCGAUUGGAGCGGUCCCAAGAACGCUGCAAGGCCGCCGUCUCCUUCCUCUCGCCGAGUCGGCGGCGCCGUCGAGGCCGACAUGGAGGAGGAGGAGGAGGAGGAGGAAGACGACGACGAGUCGUCGAAGCAGCUGAGCCCCGUCUCCGUGCUGGAGCAGAGCCCGUUCGAGCCGGCGUCCCCUGCAUACUCCAAGAAGGCCAUAGUCAUCUUCAGGGAGCUCCUGGCUGCGGCCUACACGCCGGCAUUGCCCGACCACCCCACCAGCCACAGCAGCAGCACCAGCACCAGCAGCACGCCACCGAACUCUCCGGCGCCGGCGCCGUCGACGAGGACCAGCCCUACCGCGAGCUCCGCCGCCGCUUCGCACUGGGAGGAGACACUCGAAGCAGAGCUCGCCAGGGUGCACGGCCUCAUCGCCACCGAGAUGGCUGCCGGCGGCUGGAGCGUCCUCUCCUUCAGCGACGCGCGGCGGCACGUCGGCGCCGAGGUCGCCGCCGCUGUGCUGGAGGCGCUGACGGAGGAGGCGGCGGCGGAGCUACUGGCGGCGACGAUGCUGACGUGGAACGGACGGCCGCGAUGCGAUGGUGACGUCGACGCCAUUGGCGAUGCUGCGAGGUGUGUGGUUGGUGCGAGCUGAACUGCUGAUGAUGUUGAUAUGUGUUUACUUUAAUUUAACUUAAUUAAUUUUCUUUUGUUUUUGUGGAUGAUGAUUAUGUAGUUGAUGUGUAUUAAUUAGUAUAUGGUUAAUCAUGAGAUUUUUUUUGUUUGGAUUGUAGCAGUAGUUGCUGCUAUUAGGACUGCCUAGCUACCACUGUUUCUUGGCAUAGUGAGCUAUCUCUUUUGCCAAAAUUAUUAGAUUGGGAGAGUUGUAUAUAUCAUAUAUUUAACACAGUUAUGAAUUAAGAAAGAAUGCAAAAAAAAAUUGUUGCAAUGUUCCUUAUGAAAAAACUAUG